ACGUUUCCGGUCUGACGACGAGCAUCUCAUUUUGUCGUCUGUCGCCUGGAGUGGUCGAGUUAGGUGAGGUUGUGUUCAUUGCCAAGCAUAUUGUUGGGAUUUUGACCAGAAACAUGAAGAAGGGACGAGUAGAUUCAACUUUAUCCACCGCACCUGUGGUGACGUGCAUGAAGACCCUGAUGAUGGUCUUCAACUUCAUAUUUUGGGUGACUGGCAUUGUUAUUCUAGCCAUUGGCAUCUGGACCAAGCUUGAUCUGUACAAGUACCUGGAACUGUCCUCCAUUUAUCAGCCUGAAGCACCUUAUGUUCUUAUCGGUGUUGGAGCAGUUAUUGUCCUUGUUGGGUCACUGGGAUGUUGCUGUACAAUCAAAGGACACUCCUUCCUCUUGUACAUGUACUGUGGUGUUCUGUUCCUUGUCUUCAUUAUGGAGCUAAGUGCUGGCAUCACACUUUUGGUCUACAAGGGGAAGCUGGAGGAAGGUUUCAGAGAAGGACUGAAGAAUGGCCUAGAACGAUAUGGCACAAAGGGUGAUGAAGAGAUAACUGGUGCAUUUGAUGAGCUGCAAGCAAAGCUUAGCUGCUGUGGUAUCAACAGUUAUGCUGACUGGUUCAACACUCCUUGGGGCAGGGAGCAGAAAGAACCCAACACUGUACCAAUCUCUUGUUGCCAUGGCAACAUAAAGACAUGCCAGAACACCAACCUACCUCCUGCUGCCAACAAUACCCAUCUGCCUGUUUUUGUCCAUGGCUGUCACAAACUGGUGGUAGAUUUCAUCAAUGGCAACAUGGGACCAAUUGGUGGUGUGGCUCUGGGAAUUUCAUUCUUCCAGGUUCUGGGCGCUUUGUUGGCAUGCUGCUUGGCAAAAUCUAUCAGCAAGGCCAAAUAUGAACAGAUGCAGUAAAUUUAACACCGAGAAGCAUUUUCCUAACAUAUUUAACCAUAGCAAGAACAGCUGCAGACAUUUAACAACUACAACAAAAACAAAUGAAGCAACCUCUUCAUAUCACAACACCUGAAGCUAAUGCCAAGGCUGCUACAUGAGCAUGUGUCUGGAGCUAUUGUUACAAUACUGGAGGCAAACUCCAGUAUACAACCUUUUGUUCCUUUAUGGAAUGUCUUCAGCAACAAGAACCCCAGAACUGUUGCCAUCCACAAAUUGUAUCAGCUGUUCAUGAGGUGCAUGGAACACACUCUAAAACCAGAAGCAUCAGGGUAAAACUUACAGAUUAAAACUCCAACCCAUCUAGAAAUAUAAAUAUCUAUAAAACCAAAACAAUAUGUUUAUCUCCAAAAAUAUAUAACAACCCCUAUGGUGCUCAUUUCUGUCAGCAGUUAUCCUCCUCACACUAACUCGUACUCACUGUCAUAUUCUGUUAUUUCCAUUCCACCCUCCCCUCUUCCCCCACACCCCUUUGUUUGAGAGGGAGGCGGAAUGUCUUCAUUCUGCAGUCACACUUCAUUUGAAACCUGCAUACAGGGUUUGCUGGGAAUGUAUGUUGAGAGUAUGGUAUAGCACUAAACUUGUGCUGGCUAUAAUCAGAAUAUAAAGUAUACUUUUGGUUCCUGAGAAAGUACAGGGUUUACUGGAUGUGAAAUGAUUUCACUAAGUUUUUGGUCACUAAUAGAAGGAGAAUGCAACACACUGACCACAAUCUAAAGGCUUUCCCUUUUGUUUGUUUUUAAUCUUAAAAAAAAAAUGCUUCCCCAAACACUAUAUUUAAAGAUAUCAAUGAAACCAUGUUCAGUGCUUUGGAUUCCAUUUCACUGCAUAACAAAAGAUGGGGAUUUUGUGUCAGCUUUAGGUAAUACCUGGAGUUUAUGUGUUAGACCAAAUGUAUUCUGUGUUUUGAGCCAUCUUGCACAUUUUCCUUGUAUGAUUAUUUACUUCACCGAAUUCGUCUAUUUUUAAUGGCUUUUUUCGGUACCUUUAAUAUUGAUUGGAAAGACAUACUCCAUUCUUCAAAACUGCACUGGUCACAUCAUCUGAUUUAGAACUCAGCUGAAGGAAAUUAUUCCUGUUUGCUCAAAACAGAUGUAGUAUUAUGUUUUAUUAGCAGGAUUCAUUAUUAUACAUUUUAAGUAUUAGCAGCUGUUUCUGAAGAAAAUAACUUACCCCAGCUGCAUUUUGCCACCUUUGCUAAUAAUGCUUGCUGUCUUAUUAUACUUUGGGCUCAAGCAAGUUUGUCUUUAUAAUGAAAUUUCAUGUGUCCUUUGCUUUUAUGUAAUGUGGUUCUUAAAACUUAAAAGUUUGCACAUUAAUAUUCAUAACAGAUCACUAAAACAUGGUCAUUGGGUAAUGCUGAUUUUGUUGGUAAUUGGAAGCUAUAUGCUUUCAUAAAGUUUUCAGAAUUCCAAUGAAAGUAGCAACACAAAAACAAAAAAAUGUAAACCAUUUUGUGCAUCAGCUGGUAAGGAGGGCAGAAGUAAGUCAAGGAUUAUUAAGAAGUCAUAAUUUUUUUUUUAAAGAUCAUAUUUGCUGCUUGUGUUCCUAUAUUUUAUGUGCAAUAUUGUGUUUUGUGCUGACCAUUUUUUAAUGUAUAUUUCUUUAGUCUACUUCAUGUUAACAAUUUAUCGUGGGUUUUGCCCAUUUUGUCUUUUGAGCAAACUGUGAUGAUAACAGAUUUGUAACUCAUCUGAUCUAUAUUUUUCCUUUUCUCCUAGAUGUAGGCAACAAAGAGCAGCCUUCUACCUCUUUGAAGUUUUAUGUUUACAAUAUUGAAUUAUUAUCUAUAACCCAGUAUAGCACUGAUUUUGAGCAGCUAGUCCAUAUACUUUGCUUUUACAUAAUCCUGUAGUAAUCAUAAUCAAAAUAUUUUCAUUUGCAUGUAUUUUAAAAUGAUUUUAUAUAUUUUUAUAUAUCUGAAGUUAAAAUUUGCCAAUUUCAAAAGUAAGAAAAAAUCCUUUGACCUUGAUACUCUUAUCUUAACAUCUCCUGACUCUUUCAGUAAACUUUCAAAGUUAAUAGGUACUGAACUUCUUUGAACUGAAUAGCUAGUACUGUCCACCAAAAUGAGAAUCAGGUUAUAGUUUUUAUAAUGGGUGUAAAGAAUAAUGAGCUUUUUUGCAUCUCACAUUUCAAGGGGUAAACCUUAGUAUUCUCUCUGCCUCAGUAAAAGUUAAAAAAGCUACAUUUAUGGUAAAAAUGAAAAGUCUUAUAAUUGAUAUUUUUCUUUAAGAUGGUAUUUACGAAGACAUUUUUCAUAGAUAUAGAUAAACACAUGGUAUUUCAGAUUUUUUGAAUAUGGUAGUAAGGGAAAGAGACUUGCCCUGCUUAGUCUACCAAAAAACCAAAUUAUGCCACACUAGAAUCGCUACACUGCUAACCUCCACAGUCAUAUUAAGGGUGUGUCUUACACUUGCAAACAUUAAAAAAAUAUGUGGACACAAACAUCAAUAAUAAUAACAGUUGGCUUCUAUAGCAUUGUUUCAUCACCUUUGAAGAAGUUCAAGGCGCUUCAUUAGUGACAGAUGGGGUGACAUGAAAAUAAGUUGAUGUCAGAACAAUACACAACAUUAAUGUACAAACAAAAAGGGGCAACUUCUGAAGAAGUCAACUGAAACAUGAGAAAAAGGUUAUAUUAAUAAUAAAAUUUGUUUGUGAAGUCAGCAGAUCAUUAUCACAAAUUUAUACAUAGAAAAAUGUAAAACUCAUCUGUGAAUACAAUAUUUAGGUGUUCUAACAUUUCCAUUCAUAAGAUUAUUGUUGGCACAAUGCUUUGUGAUAUUUGUGAUCCCACCGUUGUUUGUGUUAUAUACUUGUAUCAGUAUUGCAUGGAUCUUUCAGUGUUCCUUAUUGAAUCAUAUUUCACAUCUCAUAACUUUCAAAUAUUGGUCUAAACUCAAGUACACAUUAAGUGCUCUAUAUUUAGAAAGUGGAAAAGUUAUAUUACUCUUUCUGUGGUGAUUACAAUACUAAUUCACUGAUCAACAAGCAUGAUUAAUAAGUCAAUCUUCAUUAGCUGAAAUAUUUCAGUCAUAUUUGUUACAAAGUUGUAGUUGAACUUUCUGUCAUGUAUUAUAAAAUACAAGGUUGUUAUUAUUCUCAGUAUCACAUAUAGCUGGUCUUUGCUUCAGCGAAAUGUGGCAUACAAAGGGAAGAAAAUCGUCAUCUAAAUGCCUUAAUGGUAAGGCUUACGUGAAAAUGUUUGUUUACUCUCCAUAAACUUUGUGGAUAGUUAAAAGGAUAUUUUCAUUUCAUACAAAGCUAAUUAAUAAUAAUAAAUGUGUGAUUUAUAUAGUCCAUAAUCAUGCUUAUGAAGGAGCAUGCUCUUAGCACUUAGACCAGUAGGAGACAGAAUACAAAGGAUAGAAGGGGAACAAAUAUGCAGACAAGUAAUAAAAGACAAACAUAGAAGACAAAGCAGAAUCAGGGAACAAACAGUGAUGAUGGAAAAUGUCAUAAGUUGAUUUAUUUCAAAUUUAUUAUUAAAAUAUCAAUUUCAAAUUUAAUUAAUGUUAAAAAAAGUUUUAAUUAAAAUGAAAAGAAAAUAGGCUUUACUUUUGAGAUAAAGGGACAUUAAGAAAGUUUUCUUCAGUCUUGAUGCAACAGUAAACUACAUGGAGUAUGGAAAAGAUUCUAAAAUUUUCUUCUCUAUUCAUUUCAUUAAAUAUGUGUUUGUAUGCUAUAUUUCAAUUGAGCUCAGACCAGGAAUAUACUUGUGCAAUCUCAUUAAUAUUUUACUCCCAUUUUAUGCUUGUUAAGAAUCGUAGUUUUUAAACUAUUGCUUGCUUUUAAAAUGUGUUAAAUAAAUAGUGUUACAUCUGAAAA